CUUCGUUCGCGUUCUUCGUCGUUCACGUUCGCUCGGCGUUCACCGUUCGCGUCACUCGCCGUUCACUGUUCGAGUUCGAAUUCGCGUUCGUCUGGAAGCCACGUUGCUCUGCUUCAAACUCUGCAACCAACCCGCGCGCUCCACCUAGCCGUCGAACUGCUCUCUUUUGUCGCCGCCGUGAGUUCCCUAAACCCGCCACCAGACAAUACACCACAACACCAAUACUCUUGCUUCAAACUCUGCAACUUCUGAUUUCUAUUACAAUAAGUAGCUAUUUGAUUUGGUAGUGGUUUGGAUUUUUUUCAUCGACUGAAUUAAAGUAUACAAUAGUUAUGUUCUCUUUUCUAUCACAUUGAUAUUAAGCUUUGAAUUCUCUUAUUUCGUUUUACUUUUACCGCACUCGACAUGUUUGAUGAAAUGCUUUAACCAUAUUUCUCUUGUUAGUUUUAUAAUUUCUAGCUUUUAGAAACUUAGUAAGCUGAUUGCAUGUGAAAUUAGAAUAAUUGGAUCUUAGUAAUUAGGAAAUUUUAGCUGCACAAAUAGCAGAAAACAUAUUAGCAUGAUGAUUCCACUUGAAUUAGUGUUCUUCUGGUAAAUUUUAACUGUUAUUGUGAACUUGUUAAUUUGCUAAUUGUUCUUGUGGUGUUGUUCUGUUGUUCUUAUGUUAUUUUUAAUUAUUUUUUCUGUUUUUGUUGUGAUUUUCUGUUCUUGAACUUGUUAAGUUGAUAAUUUGCUAAAUUAUUUGGCUGCUGUUGUUUUAAUUUGCUAAAUUGUUAGGUUGCUGCAAUUUAAUUUGUUGGAUUUUCUAUUUAGGUCUUGUUCUUGUUUAUUUGCUAAAUUGUUGUUGUGUAUUUAUUGUUGUCUUUGAGAUUGUUGCUGGAUAUUGGUGAUCAUUGAUUUAUUAUAUGCUUCAUGUUUUCAUUGUUUUCUUCUUCUGAAGGAAAAAAAAAAAAAAACUAUUUUCAUUGUUUUGUUUCAGAAAUCAAUUUUUUUGUGAUCAGUGCUCAAACUCUGAAUGCUGUUCUGCUGGUUUUGCUGUGUUUGUUUUGUUUCAGAAAUCAAUUUUUUGUGAUCAAUGCUCAAAUUCUGAAUGUUGUUCUGCUGUUUUUGCUUUUGUUUCGUUUCAGAAAUCAAUUUUUUGUGAUCAAUGCUCAAACUCUGAACGUUGUUCUGCUGUUUUUGUUUUGUUUCAGAAAUCAAUUUUGUGAUCAAUGCUCAUACUCUGAAUGUUGUUCUGUUUUGUUUUAAGGCUGUGUUUGGAAGAGGUGAUUGAUUUCUGAGUGUUGUUUUGUUUUUGUUUUAAGGCUGCAUGUUGUGUUCAAUUUUCAUUUUGUAGGAAAUUCUGAGGUAUAUAAGAAUUAAGGAAGACUAUUUCAACUGUAUUACUCUGUUGAUUCUGGUCUACUACAAGCUUGAACAUAGAAUUGAAGAGAGAAACCCUUUAUUAUUUCAUCAUUGGCCAAUUUUUGGUAUUGCAUAUCAUUGUAGUUUGUUUAUUCAUAGAACUAGUUGUUUAUGAUCCCCUUUUGAAGUAAAAAAAUGCAGAAGAGUGUUUAGAACCAGUUGCUUUAUUCAUUGAAUUUUUAUAGAAUCAGGUGUUUAUUAUAAAACGGUUUUUUUGGUUGAACUACGAUUGAACCAAUGAACCAGUAAUUAGAGCUGUUUGAUGACCGGUCCGGUUUUUAGAACCUCGGUAAUUUGUUCUAUUUAUUGACCACAAGUCAAAGAGGAGAAGAAGGAACAAUGGAGGGUAUUGAUUGCAUUAAAAAUAAGGUGUCGAGUGCCAACUAUGAUAGGGGUUUUUAAUGAAAUUAAAUGGAAGUGGGAGUCUCAAUGAAAAGUGGGAAUAUGAUAGAGAGGAUAGGAGACUGAGAAGCUGUACCAAUAAUGGUUGAGAUGUUGAUUAUGUUUAGGGUUUUAUGCCAUAUGAUUUCGAGCUCAUAUAUCAUACUUUCUGGGAGAUGUAGCAUAUCUUGAUGUUGAUGUGUUUUGUAAGUCUGCGUAGUUUUGUGUUCUAUUUUGUGGAAUUGAUCUUGGAUAGCAUUAAGAUUUUGGGUGCUGGUUUUGUUUUUGUUCUGCUGUGAUGAUAUUGUUUCGGAUGUAUGAUUUCCUAAGAACUCACCUUCCCAUGUUGGAUCAUUUAUGAGCGUAUGAAGUAUAUAAAAGAAACCAAUGAGAAUUUUUUACUAUGAAUGUGACUUAAAAUUUUUCCAGAGGAAUGUUCAUGUUAAAAAACAAUCAUAAUUUCAGCCUUUGCAUUAUAAACUUCAAUUUUAGGGGUUUUUUUUUUUUCUUGAUUAAUCUCUGGACAACUAAUUAUUUAAGUGAGACUAGGUCAACCGGUUCAACCAGUGACUCAUCACUGGUUGAACCGGUAACUUAGUGACCCAAUAGUCUGAUCGGUUCGAUUCUGAUAACUAUGCAUUGAAUAACCUAUUGGCCACCAACAAACCCUUAACAUCAUUCUUUUCUGCAUGAGCAUCUUCCUUCUCAACAUCAUUCCUUUUUCUCUGUCUUCAGGACCCCAUCUUGAUUCUUGAUGACCGAAUUUAGUGAUGAAUCGGGAGGCGGGAGACCUGGCAGUUCGAAUAAGCAGAGCUCUGAUCUCAGCCUCCUCACCCACCCGCCACUCAUGGACUCCCUCCCUGGAGCACACCCUCCAUGCUCUCCGCUGCCGCCACCACCUCUCGCCUCCUCUUGUCUCCGCUGUCAUCAACCCCUUCCUUCUCCGCCACCACUCCCUCGCAUUGGGCUUCUUCAAUUGGGCCACUAACCAGCCCAACUUCGCCCACACUCCCUCCACCUUCCACUCUCUCCUCUCCUCCCUCUCCAACUCCCACUCCCAACACCACCAAAACUCCGUUCUUUCGCUUCUCAACCAAGCCAAAGCCCUCAACUUCCCCCUCCAUAGCUCCAUUCUCCGCUCCGCCAUUUCCUCUCUUCUUGCAACGAACAAGAUUCAUAAUGCAUUCUCUAUGUUUAGGGAAUUUUCUACUCUUGCCAACGAAUUGGGUGGCGCCACAUGUAAUAGGUUACUGGCUGCACUUGCUUCUGCUGGGUACUUGGACAGUGCGUACAAGGUGUUUGAUGAAAUGACUGUUAGGGGUGCCCCUUUGAGUACCAUGGGUUUUGGGGUGUUUGUGUGGAGGGUUUGUGAAGAGGGUUGUUUGGAUAGAGUUUUAGCUGUUUUGGAUAAGGUUAAGGAUUGCUGUUUGGGGAUUAAUGGGUCGGUUGUGGCAGUUUUGAUUGUUCAUGGGUUGUGUUGUGCCGGCAGGGUGUCCGAGGCCUUAGGGAUGUUAGGUGAGCUGAGGGGCAAGGGAUGGAAACCUGACUUCAUUGCUUAUUGGGUUGUUGCCUCGGCACUGCGAAGAAUGCGAGAUGUGGCUGAGGAAGUGAAGGUUUUGAAGAUGAAGAGGAAGUUAGGGGUGGCACCGAGGAUUGGUGAUUACAAGGACUUGAUACUUGAAUUGGUUUCUGAGGGGCGGAUUAAUGUGGUGAAAGAACUCGGGGAGAUCAUUGUUGGUGCUAAUUUCCCCAUUGAUGAUGAUCUUCUCAAUGCCUUAAUUGGAUCAGUUUCGAGUAUUGAUCCUGGAGCUACAAUUAUCUUUUUUGAGUUCAUGAUUCGUAAAGGGAGGUUUCCUACCAUUUUGACUAUUAGCAAUUUGAGUAGAAAUCUGUUUAGGCAUGGGAAGGUAGAUGAGAUGUUAGAGGUGUUCCGAGUUCUGGAUUCUCAUAACUACUUCAAAGAUGUGGAGGGUUACAAUGUGAUGGUGUCGUUCUUGUGCGAAGCCGGAAGAGUGAAAGAGGGCUAUGCUGUUCUCCAAAAGAUGAAGAAGAAACGGAUCAUUCCUAAUGUGUCAUCUUAUAAUUAUGUGAUGGAAGCGUGUUGCAAGGAGGAUCUGCUGCGCCCAGCGAGGAAGCUUUGGGAUGAGAUGUUUUCAUGUGGAUGUUCUGGGAACUUGAAGACCUACAAUAUUCUGAUAAAGAAGUUCUCUGAAGUGGGACAAACUGAAGAGGGUUACAAGCUCUUUCAGCACAUGUUGGACAAAGGGUUAACACCUGAUCACACAAGUUACACCUCUCUUCUUGAAGGGCUUUGUUAUGAGGACAAACUUGAAGCAGCUUUUGAGCUCUAUAACAAGCAUGUAAAACAGGACAUUAUCCUUGCAAGAGAUAUAUUAAGCUCAUUUGUAUCAUCACUAUGCAAGAAAGGUCAUCUUAUGGAUGCUUCCAAACUACUUUGCAGCCUCAAUAAUGAUAUAGGAAACACAGAGGCCCAUGUAGUUUUGCUGAAAUGUUCGGCUGAGGCAAAAGAAAUUCCAAUAGCCAUUGAGCACCUGAAGUGGAUUCAGCAAAAGUCACCUUUAAUGUUGCAAGAUAUAUGUGCUGGACUUUUAGCUUUUAUUUCUUCUGCUACAUUUCCGGAGCCAAUAUUACAGUUACUGCAAAAAAUACAAGACUUCAAUUUCCCAAAUAAAGGACAUCUUAAAGGAUGUGUACCAUAGAUGAUUAUGGUGGUUGAAUUCUGGGAUUACAGCAACAUUGUUUGGAAAGAAAUUUUAACUAGCUAGAGGUAGGUUGACAGCACAGAAAUAACUACUAGACUUUUCGUAUAAGGCCAAUAUUGGCAAAAAAAUGAGAAACAAACAAAAACAAAAAAUAAAACAAGACAAAAA